AUGGUCGUCACAACCAGAAGAGCAGAACAAACCAGGGCUGUUACACCUGACGGUCACGUACAAACAAUACAUUCAAACUCCCCGCCAUCGAUGCAUUCAGCCUUAGCCGAGAGACCCCCCGGCGAGAUGCUCCAGCCAGUACUACAAUCCGUCGGUCCACAGAUGCAAGCAGUCGAACCCAGGAUAGCACAGUUAAACCAUCACGCGCCUAUGCGUGAAAUGCAAGGAGAAAACUUGAUACAAGACCAACCCCCGCCACCAGGAGUUCGCUUUGGUAUGCCUCUUCACACUUUUGCCCCACCAGUCAUUCCCGUCCUACGAGCCCAUCGUCCGCUACCAGCCCAAAGUCUACCAGUAGCCAUGCACAACGAUUACCGAACACCGAUGGUCACCCCGUUCCCUAUGGGACCAUACGCCCCAUUCCCUCAGCUUUACCCAGCUGGUUUUCCUUUCCAAGGUUACGCUGCCCAACCCCAAAAUCCGGCCGUUCCACUACACCAAGUGUCCUAUCAAAUCCAGGGUCAGCAACCAUAUGCCGCCCAACAACCUUUCAAUCACGCCCCAGCCCUCUCCUACUCCGUUGAAGCUCCUCAACCGCAAAUGGACCGCCCCCCCGAAACAACCACCUACGAGUCACGCCAGCUCAUACGUCAGGGCGCAACAAACCCCUGA